ACAACAGUUGUUCUUCCUCCCAAGCAGACACUCCCUCAAAUGCGAUGACUCAGCAGCUACAGGAUGAAUUUGACAGUAGCGUGGAGAAUGCAGAAGCUUGGAUGAAGGCCAUCCAGGAGAGGCUGAGGAUCAAUGACAACACCAAAGGACCUCGAUCUGCCCUAGAAGCCAGACUGAGAGAGACUGAGAAAAUACGUGCACUGGAACCAGAAGGCAGCUUGAAAAUGGACUUGAUUCUUGUGAAGGCAGAUGCUGCUCUUCGCAGCAUCAGUGAGGAUAAGAAGCAUGAGGUACUCUCCAAACUAAAAGACAUUAAAGCCCUGUGGGAAGAGACAGCCAUAUACAUUACUCAUUGUCACAGCCGCAUUGAGUGGGUCUGGCUGCACUGGAGCGAGUACCUGAAAGCCCAAGACGAGUUUUACACAUGGAUUCACAACAUGAGGGUAACCUUGGAGCCUGACAUUGAGUUGCAGCUUGGCUUAAAGGAGAAGCAGUGGCAGCUGAGCCACGCUCAGGUUUUGCAGAAUGAUGUCCUAAAUCAGUCAGUCCUGCUGGAAAGGCUGCUGGAGGAAGCCACUUCAUUGUUCAGCAGGAUAGGUGACCCCAGUGUUGAUGAGGAUGCUCAGAAGAAAAUGAGGGUGGAAUAUGAAGGAAUCAAGCAAGAAGCUCAGAACAGAGUGAAACUUCUUGAAAUGAUAACCAAGGAACAUGAGCAGUACAGCGCCAAUGUCAACCAGUUUCAGUCGUGGCUGAAUGGUGUCACAGAGAGAUUAAACUGCUGCAUUGGAGGAGCAACCAAGUCUUCAUCAGAGGACAAGCUAAAGACACUGAAGGAAAUUGCCAAAGACAUUAGGAGUGGUGGAAAGAAAUGGAAGCACCUUGAAAGUCAGUGUGCAGAAGUGAUUCAGAAUACCUCUCCACUUGGAUCUGCAAGACUAAAGGAUGAGCUUGAAGAGCUAAGAAAAGCCUUGGAGAAGUUGAAACUUCUGAGUAGUGAGGAGGAGGAGAGAGUGCUCAAAAUCCAACAGUCUGAAAGUGCCUAUGAGUCCCAAGCCAGACAAUUAGAAGCAGACAUCCAGAAGCUGAGAAAAGAUCUGCAGAGACUAGAAAAUGACCUGGACCCUGGGGAAGGGGAAAAGACUGAAGAUGAAUUUGUAGCUCUGUGGAGAAAAUGCAAUGCAACAAGAGCAGCUCUGGCUGCAGAAGAGUCAAAGAUUGAGAGGCUGAAGGCUCAGCUUAAAGAACUGCUACGGUUUUCCCAAGAUGUGCAGCCACAUGCUGAGAGUGUUGUCUCUGCAAUACACCAGUAUCAAAGGGUUAGAGGCAAGACUUCUAAAAUGAGCACUGAUACAGAAACCCAACUGAGGAGACUCAUCCAAAAUCCCCUGCAAAGUUUUGAACAGUGGAAGCCAUCAGUCCAGAUGCUCCUGGAGACUCCAGAGCCAGAACUGGCUCACAUCGAGGCUGCUCUAGCUGAAAGCUCCCAGUUCAAGGAGAAGUUGAUGACAUUACAGCUAAAGAAAGAUUUGCUGAACAAUGUCCUCGGUGAGGAAAAAGCAGCAUCUUUCCUUCAAGAAGUAGCUGAAGCUUCAAAAGAGAGAGAAAUUCUACACAAAAGUCUGCUGCAAAGCAAGAGCAAACUCCAGAAUUUGAUAUUACAACACAAGAACUUUGAUGCUGGUUUUGCACCAUUGCAGAAGAAAUUAUCUGCCAUCAAAGCCAAAUUAGAUCUGGAGAAGGAACCACGGCCUGACCUCUUGGGUAAAAAGACUCAACUCCAGAGACUCCAGAUGAUCCAAGAUGACUUGGCCGAGCUUGCAAUUCACAUGGAGGAGAUAGAGAAGCUCGUUCAGUCAAAUGCCACACACAGGCAUGAAAUGAACCAACUCUCAUCUGACUCUCAGGCCCUGAAGAGAUCACUAGAGAUGAUGAUACAGCAGAGUGAAGACCGCGUUCAGAAGCAUUGGGCAUAUAAUGACAAACUGUCUGACCUCCAGCAGUGGAUCUCAGUAACCAGGGAGAAGAUUGAGUCCUGCCAGGAUGCUGAGGAAGAGCAGAACACCGAGGGCAGGCUGGAAGACCUGGAGAGAUUGCUAGCUGAAUUUCCAGAAAAGGAGAUCCUGCUGCACCUUGUGGAAGCUCAUGGCCAGUUGCUCAUGGAGAAUUCUUCUCCAGAGGAGAUUGUCCAUAUCCAGGCAGAGCUGGAUCAGCUGAAGGAGUCAUGGAAAUCACUGAAGGAGAUGGCAACUGGUCUCCUCAAAAAGUGGCAGUUAGACAGACCAGUGGCUGACAAGAAGAAAAGAGCAUUUGUGGACAGCAGAUGGAUGUCUAGACCUGCUUUCCACCUUUUUGAUGUCGAUCCCAACCAUAAGCAGGAGAAAAUGGGAGAAUGGCAAAGUACAAGCAGCCACUUAAAGCUCCUACAUGACUUUGAAGAGUGGCUACGAGGAGAAAACACCAAACUGACCAAAAUUCUUGCUGGGACUCCAUCUUCUGCAGAGGAAAUCAAGGCACACCAGCAUAAACUUGAGGAGCUGCAGUCUCGUGUGCCUCAUGGUCAGCAUCUCUUUGAGGACCUCCUCCAUCUUCACCCUGUCUUUGGAAAUUCUGAAGACCUGGAGGACCUGCGUUACCGAUGGAUGCUCUACAAAUCUAAGCUGAGAGAGUCCAUGAGCUCGCCGAGUGCUGGACAUUUGGAGGAACCAGACAGAUUCAGAAAGAAGCGCUCCGGAGGCGUGUGCUCGUACCUGCACCGCGUGUGCCGGGCGGCACUACCAUUGCAACUGCUGCUCCUGCUCCUCCUGCUCCUGGCCUUCCUCCUGCCCCUGGCAGAAGAGACCCACAGCUGCACACUGGCCAACAACUUCGCUCGCUCCUUCAAGCUCAUGCUGAGAUACGAGGGCCCACCUCCAACAUAACUUCUUGGUGUGGCGCGAGGUGACUGGCAGAAUGCAGAUUCUUUAUUUCUAGUUGCUUCUGUUGUAGAUUUUAGGGCUUCUAACAUGGCCAUCAUGUCAACUGGAUAGAUCACAUAAUUGCAACAUAAGAUUAAUCCAUUUUAAUCAGGUAUUUGAGCAAAAUUAAUAUUUUUACAAAUUUUUUAUUAUUGUAUUUAUAAUAUGUAUAUAGAGAUUGUGUAUGUGUAUGUAUGUACAUAUAUAUAUAUAUAUAAAUGCAUAUCUGUGGUCAAACCAGCAACCACCAUCUACUCAUCCACUGUUUAAGGAUAAUUCUGCAAUGUUUCUGCCAUCUUUCUGCAAGCAAUACUGAAGGAUGGUGUUGUGGGAUUUUCUGGGUGAUUUUUAACAUCAGAUUCUUGUUUACAAAGACUGAAGUCAGAGCAAGUAUGAGAACAUUUGGCAUGCACCAGAGUGUAAACUGGAGAGCACAGUAGAAUCAUGUUUGAAUAGAGUGGUUGAUAUUCAGCCCAAGGAAGAUUUGGACUAUUCUCUUUGAAAACUUGAGCUGGUUUUACAGUAUCUGGAUACUGCAGGGAUUGCAGAAGCUAAUAGAAGUGUUUCUACUGACUUCAGUAGGAGUGGGGGUGGACCUCCUCUUGUUCUUAUUUUUUACCAGAUUUCUUUUCCAGCUACUGUAUUCUCCAGCCCACCUGAAUCAGGAGAGGUGGAAUACAGUGGGAAGAAAGC